CGUGUUUUUAUUUUUUUUCUUCAAAUGGUCACUGCGAUAGCAAUGGCGGCCCCCAUGUCGUGGAGGAGGCUGGUGUACUCCGUGUACUCGCCGGCCCUGGCCGGGGUUUUCACGCGAAUAUCUGAUCGGCUCUUCCGCGCGCGGGAUCGACGAGGCGGCGCCUCCGUUCUGCUUUUAGCACCCUUGCUGGCCAAAGCCGAGCCUGCUCCAGAGAGCGCCGCUGCUGCGCCAGGCGCGCCGCAUAGCCUCCACGCCCACUUCCGAUGGAUGGCGGAGCGAGUACCGGCCUUCCGGGUCAACGGCGCACGUGUCCACGUGCUCACCUCGCCUGACCAGUUCUACCAGACGCUGAAGGCACGUGUCAGGACCGCCAAGAGACGAGUGGUGUUGGCUUCCUUGUAUUUGGGAACGGGUCAGUUGGAACAGGACCUGGUGGACUGCAUGCAGGAAGCGCUGGAAAACUCACAGGAAAACAAACACGCGCCCGACCUUAAAGUCUCUGUGUUGCUGGACUAUACACGAGGCUCUCGAGGGCAGGUGAACUCGAGGACCAUGCUGCUGCCUCUGCUGCAGCGCUUCGCCUCGCAAAUGCGCGUGUCCUUAUAUCACACUCCCGACCUGAGGGGCCUGCUGAGGAUGCUGGUACCGCAGCGCUUCAACGAGACCAUCGGCGUGCAGCACAUCAAGGUCUACCUCUUUGACGAUAGCUUCAUCAUUAGCGGGGCUAAUCUGAGCGACUCCUACUUCACUAAUCGUCAGGACCGCUACGUCCUGCUGGAGGACUGCGGCGAACUUGCGGACUUUUUCUCUGAACUGGUGGAGGCUGUUGGGGACGUUUCGCUGCAGCUUGGGCCUGAUGACUCGGUGGCCAUGCAGGAUGGCAUGGUACACCCAUACCAAGGUGACAGGCAGGAUUUCUCUGCGGCGGCGAGCAAGCACAUCAUGGAGGUGGUGGACAUGGCUCGCAUGCGCCAGCAGCUACUCCUCAGCCAGCAUCAGCACACCGAGGAGGAGGAACAGGAAGAAAAGGAUACCUGGGUGUUCCCUCUGGUCCAGAUGAAGCCCCUCGGCAUCCGGGUGGACGAGCAGGUCACACAGCGUCUGUUGCGAGACGCGGGCCCGGACUCCACCAUCUACUUGACAUCGGGCUACUUCAACCUGACGCGGGCGUACAUGCAUCUGGUGCUGGGGCCGGGGGCGGGCUACCGCAUCCUAACUGCCUCGCCGGAGGUCAACGGCUUCUUCGGAGCCAAGGGCGUCGCCGGCGCCAUCCCCGACGCCUACACGCACAUCGCCAGGCAGUUCUACGAGCGCGUGCGUCAGCUGGGCCAGCAGGGCCGCGUGCAACUGCAUGAGUACCACAGGCCGCAGUGGACCUUCCACGCCAAAGGUCUGUGGUACUACCUCAGCGACCAAGACCGGCCAUGUCUCACACUAAUCGGCUCCCCCAAUUUUGGCUACCGCUCAGUUCACCGCGACCUGGAGGCCCAGAUCGCCAUCGUCACAGAGAACGAGCAGUUGCAGGACCAACUGCGAGAGGAGCAGGAAAUGUUAUACCGGCGGUCCUCAGAAGUGUCUGGAUUGACAUUUGAGCAGCCAGACCGUCACGUUAAGCUUUGGGUCAAACUGGUCACGCCGUUCAUCAAGAACUUCUUCUAAGGUGGAGAGCAUCGAGGGCAAUGCCAUUUCUGCUGAUACUGCACAUGUCAAAGACAGACUUGAGUAUCCCUGCCAACAUGUUCCAGGAAUUGAAACACACAUAUACAUACUGUUUCACAUCCGUAAUACAUUUCAAAGAAAAUCUUCUGCGCCGGAGAAAUGAAACUGACUUCAAGAAGAUAAUGGACACAGUGAAGGAGAAGAAUGUGUUAUUGUUCAAUUACAGAUGUACUUUUGUAUGAUAAAAAAAAAAGGAGUGUGGGGUUAUGUGUGAAAGCCCUCCUGUGAAAUUCACGCCAAAGAAUGCAGAUAUAGAAAGAACCUGGUUGUAAACUUUUAAUCAGACAAAACAAUAAAUAAGGACAAAUAAAUA